UCGAGGACGGACGUCUCUUUAUGAAACUCAGCCAAGGAAAGCAACCAACACCGACCCGACUUAGGAAAGCUGGGCAACGUCGCUUUGACAUACGUAAACAAUUUCGGACUCAUCAACGUCAUUGACUGUGAUUUGAACUAGUACAAUCUUUGUUUCAAGAAGAAACCACGGGAAGUACCAAAAACCACUGCUUGGCGGCUGAUUUGCUCUUUCCACAGAUACGAAUCGCAGUCAACAGCACCCGACAUAAGAAGAACGGCUGUGAUGUAUUAAUUCUAACCAGGGAGACACACCUUGAGUCACAGAGCGCACGGACAGAACAAUCUUCAAACCUAAGGGUGAAGAACACACCAAUCAAGAUGGCGGCCGUGACGACAGUGUUUUCGGACUUUUCACCCUCCGACCAGGAGAGCACCAUGGACAGCAUGCUGAUGAAUACAACAGUCACCACUCGGAAACCCCCAGCGAAAUUCCGAACACCGAACCCGGAGGUUUUACCAAUCAAAGAAUGCCUCGCGACGAAUGAGUAUCUUGUAGGCCAAUGGCUUUUUGAAAACCACAUGUAUAUAGAGGUCGCCACCGGUUUCGUAGGUUUCGUUCUGGUAAUGAUCGUGUAUGCCAAGAGAAUGUUUAAGGGCACCCCCUAUCUUUACAUGUGUACACUAGCCAUAUUUGACGUGGCCUAUCUGUUAGUGUAUGCAUUUCAGACGAAAGUGAUGUACGCAGUCCAAUAUAACUGGGGUGACUAUGGCUGCGGGCUCAUCGAGUUCUUUUACGUCAUUUUUAACGAGUUCGCUAUCGGGACUUUAGUCAUUAUGACUGUUGAGCGCAUGUUGGUCAUAGCUUUCCCGCUAAAGUUCCAACGCGUAUUCACAGUCAAAAAGGCUCUCAUCGCUCUCUCGGCUCUAGCAAUUGUCGUAUUUUGCAUCAACUUUCCGAUAAUCUUCACCAAACUCGUUCUUCGGAAACCGAAGGUAAGCUACGACUAUGAUUUUAUGAUAUACAGGUGUUUCUACGCAUUCCCUUACCCAGGUUUCGACCUAAGCUUAGUGUUAGACGUAAGCAAAUUAAGCCGUUUCAUUGGAUUCGUCUUCACACCCACAAUCCUCUUGUUCCUCUGCAAUAUUUCAAUAAUUAUUACCAUGGCAAGGAGUGCGAAAGAACAGGGCAAAAUGUCUGUAGAAUCCGGUGAGAAGGCUGCGGGUCAACUGCGGCACAUCACCGCACAAAUGUUGUCCGUGUCCGUGAGCUUCGUAGUACUACAAUUCAUUUUUUGCGUCAUGUAUUUUCCUGAUACAUACCUCGUGAGCCUAGACCCCGUAUUAUGGCCAAAAUGCUCCUGGCGUUAUCUUAGUCGCUUCUUGGCCCGCGAAGUUGGCAAGUUUUCCUCAAACAUGCAGCAUGCUAUUAAUGCUUACAUGUACUGUCUGGUCAGUGCGAAGUUCCGGAAAGAACUUUUGCAGGCACUUGGCAUAAUUAAGAAGGUGUCCUCGGCGCAGUCGCGUAUGACUGCUUCUACUGGUGUGAGCAGCAGUGUCACUAAUACUGAGGCGCCACCUUAAAGAGACACCUACAACUAAAACGAGUAAAACUCAUCAUGACAUACAUGAGUGAAUACUCACUGUAAAUAGCUAGAUUUCGUUGAGCAGUCUGCACUCCUGACAGCAUGUAAAUCUUUCUUCGGUUGAUUUUUCGUCGUCAGCGCGAAGUUUAAAAAGACUUCUUGAAGGCUCUAUGGCAGUAUGAAGGAUGUGUCCGAUUGUCGUACGGGAGCGAAAGUAUACUAUACUUCACUAUCACCUAAAUGUAUUAGUUAGAACUGAACGGUUGAUUUAAUUUUUAGCUUCUGUGCUUAAACAUGUUCAAACAGAACUAACUCAUAUUUCUAGUUCUUUCACGAGAAACUUAUUCAUUGGCGAACGUCGGAUGGAGCUCCAGAAAAAUCAGCAAGGGUACCCCUAAAGCCAUCGUAAUACACGACAAGGCUUGGAGGGACUCCCUGUUCAUCGUUCUUUAACAUGGUUAAGGGCUGUACUAAAAGUAUAUUAAAGUAAAUUCUCAGAUACAUGUAGGUGACCUACCACUGUUGAACAAGAUUUUGCCAAAUUCGAAAAUCUCACUUAUGAACCAAACUGAACACCCGGGAAUUCCAAAAUCAUAUUUUGUUCUCAUUGAUGACAGCUGAGCUUUUCUGACGAUAGUUCAGAGUGUAAUCAUGUGUACACCUGCAUUGCAUGUUUUAUGAGCAAUAAACGGGGAUUCAGCAACUGA